GAAUACAGAAUUAUUGGUAAGAAAGGGGAAGGGACAUUUUCCGAAGUUUUAAAAUGUCAAAAUAUAAAAGAUGGCGGAUACUGGGCGUGCAAGAAGAUGAAACAAAGUUAUGACAAUAUGGAUCAGGUGAAUAACCUGAGAGAAAUACAAGCCAUGAGAAAAUUAAAUCCUCACAAUAACAUCUUAGAAUUAGAGGAGGUCAUAUUUGACAAGAAAUCUGGUACUCUAGUCUUAAUCUGUGAAUUAAUGGAUAUGAAUAUCUAUGAACUUAUCAGGGACCAGAAAUCACCUCUACCUGAAUAUCAGGUCACCAGUUUUAUUUAUCAACUCAUUAAAGCUGUCGAACAUAUGCAUUGUAAUGGUAUCUUCCAUCGUGAUGUUAAGCCUGAAAAUAUUCUCAUUAAGGAUGAUCUGCUAAAACUGGCAGAUUUUGGUUCAUGUAGAAGUUUACAUUCAAAGCAACCAUAUACUGAAUAUAUCUCUACAAGAUGGUAUCGAGCUCCAGAAUGUUUAUUAACUGAUGGAUUUUAUUCAUAUAAAAUGGACAUGUGGAGUGUGGGUUGUGUGUUCUUUGAAAUUCUCAGUCUUCAUCCGUUAUUUCCUGGUUCUAAUGAAGUGGACCAAAUCGCUAAGAUACAUGAUGUCAUGGGAACACCAGAUCAAGCAGUGCUCAAAAAAUUACGCAGGUCAAGAGGAAUGAAUUUUAAUUUCCCACCCAAGAAAGGAAGUGGAAUAGAAAGAUUAUUACCUCAUGUGACUGAAGAUGCUAUAGCCUUAAUAUAUUUAAUGUGUACAUAUGAUCCAGACGACAGACUGACAGCGCGCCAAGCCUUAAGGCAUCCUUAUUUUAAAGAACUUAAGUAA